UUCUGGUCUGGAGUUCAUAGCGAAAUUUGUCAGCUUCAGCUGGAGAUAGCACAAUUUGUCUAGUUUUCAAAAUUCAUACUACUUGGCAGCACUUGAAAAAAAAAAAUGGUCACACUGCGCUUCCUGGCUCCUCGCCGGAUUGUCGACUAUUGUCGUCGUCUGCUGAGUACGGAUUUGGUCACCGCACUCCGUCCGUUCUACCAGGCCAUUCAGACGGACAGCCUCGCUCACAAUCCGGCGGAGAAGCGGGUCAACGAAGAGUCACUGCGUCUGCUCUGCUCCCAUCUGGAAUCCCUGAGUGGCGCGACGGGCAGUUGUCUUCCGCCCGAUGGCCAGCUGGAGUUCUACAUACCCAUGGGUUCGGGUUCGGGUUCGGGUUCGGGUUCGGAUUCGGGGUCGCAGGAGGCCGGCGGUCAGGUGGUGGUUAGUCGACUGGUGAGGGUGCAGGUGGACAGGAGUUUGCUGGAUCCCAGGGCGGUGAUUAGGCAGAUUCUGAGCUCCUGUAAGCUGCUGCCGUUGGACAAGGAGCAGGAACAAGUGAAGCGGGGUCAGGAGAUGGAAAAGGAGCUCGGAAAAGUGCUGCGAAAGGAGCCAGUGAGGGAACGGGUGCGACCGCCACAGGCGCCAGUGCAAAAGAACUUGAGUGCGCUGAGGGAGCUGUUCAGGGAUGCCCAGAGGGAGCACUCCCUGGAAACGUGGAUGCGCCAGGCACUGGCACGUUCCCAGGCCUCGGAAGUCACCACGCUGCGCAGCAAAAUCGAGGCCAUUGAAGGCGCCUUGGUGCAGCAGCUGGGCAUUCGCGGCACCCGCUACGAUUGUGGCUGCAACAUGGAGCGCUACCACGACUGCCUCACCACCCUCCAGGGCUUGGCCGAGGAUCCCAAGGUCGGCAAGGUCACCGGACAGCUGGGAGCGCUGCGUAACCGGUUUGUGGUCUUUGCACCGUACACUGGCAUUAGCUUGGAGGGCGAUGUGAUGCUCUUCUCGGGGGACUCGCCCUCGGGUUGGCUGGCCUUCCUCGCCGAGAUGCGCCUGCACGAGGAGCAACUGCGUCUGGUGCCGCUGUACGAGAAGGCCCUGUCCGCCGUGCUGCUGGGCAUCCGGAUAGAGAGGCGUCGGGUGCCGGACUGCCCGGGCUGUGAGGCCCGUGCCUAUGCGGGCAGUUUGAGGCGCGUGAUCCGGGCGGUCAGCGAGCACCUGAAGCUGGAGGAGAGUGUGCAGGAGCUGCCGCCAUCGCUGCAGGACCAUCAGCUGGCCAUUGUGCCCGACAGCGAUGCACCGAAGGUUAGCCAAACCGGUCUCUUCUUGGCGCCCGCCUCCUGCUCCGGACCCGAUCUGGUGGAGUUCAUAUGCCGCAACCUGGAUGUGGCCAGUGGGCGGUUCAGUCGCUAUCGCAGGGACAUCCAGGUGGAGCGGCAAUUGUGGCGACAGUGCCAGGAGGAGUUGGGCCUGCAGCGACUCAGCAAGGACGACUCCGUGACGCCGGACAAAAUGGUCGUGGCCAUACGGCAUUUGCUUCAGAGUGGCAUCAAAUCCUGUCGCGGCCUCAGUCUGCACAUCACCAACUAUUGGUCAGUGCCCACCGAUGGCAUCGUCUGCAUUCCCUGGGACUUUAUGUCCCGCGACAAGUAGCGAUUCCUGUUGCGUUGUGCCACUUAAAUUGCCUCAAUUGGUAGAUAAAUUGAUAAGUUUUUGGCUUAAUGCUUGAAUGUUCAACGUGGCAUCAUGGCUUUUUAUUUCUGCUUAAGUCUAAUCUUAUCCAAGCCCCUUUGCUGAUCGAUUGCAAUGGUUUAUUUAUUAUUUCGCUUGGUCCUGUUCCUUUGAUUGUUUCUCAGUGUCCUGCUGUCUUGCUGUCUUUCUGCAUUGUUUCUGAGUCAGCUGAAAUCAUUGUUUAUUCAGGUAAUUUUUAUUGUGUGCCUUUCGGUUUGGGUUGAUAUUUUGCUACAUAAAGCUUCAGCUUCAGUUUCAGCUUCCCAGCUGAAUUUCCUUCUUUACACUCAUUACACUCCUUCGGCUUUUUGGACUUUUUGGGCAAACUAAAUGCAUAAAUAGACGGACAGUCUGCUGGAAGGGCACACACAGGACACAGAACACAGGACUCAACCAAAGUUCGCAACUCUUGCCUGGCCGACUGGCAUUUUCCUGUACUUCUGGGGUUGAACGUGUCCCUGUACGACUUCUGUUGACACUACCCAUUCACCCAGCCAUCGCAUCCCUGCAGUUAGAGAAAUGAGUUAGAGAAUGCUGAUUAUCCUGAUUGCCAGGAUAGCAUUUCACAAAAAAAGCGCUGUUUUAGUGGUAUUUAAGCGUUAAGUUGGUCAGCUAGAACUUAAUUUGCCUAAUUAUUUUCAUUGCUGUGAAAACUACAAGCAGUUUUUCUCGUUCGCUUGCUGCUGCUGCGAGUUUUUCCCGGUGCAUGACGACCCUUUGAGCUAUGUUUUCCUUUGCAACCCCGGUCAAGGGGCCCCGCACCCUCCGUUUUCGCCACGUUGUGCGAAAUUUCUGUAAGAUUUAGCUAAUGUUCCAUGGCUUCGCUCCAUCAAUGUCGAGAGAUGGGGAUGGGGGUGGGGAUGGAACUCUGGACCUAAGCCCGGCGAAGUUUGUCUGGUGUCGUUUAUCCUUCCUGGGCAUCCCAUCCUCCCCACCCAUUUCAGGCCCUCUCGAUUUCCAGACGUUGUCAUCCACCUCCGCCGACCCACAUUGUCCGUUGCGUGUCCGUUUCCGUUUCCAUGUGCUAUAAGCCAUGAGUUAUAACAUUCAAAAAUCAAGGUACUUUCCCAAAUAUAAACACAUACUUACACCGCUUCCGGUUGAGCAACUAUUUGAAUUCCCUCACAGAAUAUUCCCCCAGAAUUUCAAUUCCCAGUGUUGUAGUCGCAAUCAAGUAGUCCAUGGAUUAGUUAAAUCCAACUGCCAAAGUAGCAGUUGCUCCAGUAGCUCUAGCUCAGUUAUAUUUCUGUUCGCACCCAGAGCACACAACCCAGUACUAGUACAUACAUAUAGUUUUCACAACGUAUUUCUAUAUCCAUUAGCAAACAUUCAAAUUGCACGGCUCUACACACGUUUUCUUUCGCUUUCUUCAGUUUUGUUCAAGAUCCGAUUCGAUGGCCAAGGCUAAGAUACAUCAGUGGGUGGGUCAACUCCGUGACGUUGGCAGAGUCCUGCGCUGGAACUCUGCCUUAGUGGACAAAGCCAGUUGGGUUCUGUCCAGGAUUCAGAAAUCAUAUCCCAAGCAGAGCGUCAAGAAGCCAUUACCCUUGCCCCUGCCAUCGUCCAAGUGCCCUUCGUCCAAUGCCACUGAAGCCUCAAAUUCCAAUACCAAAAGUAGUGAUCCUCAGCUGGGCGAUCCAAUGAUUCCAAGUAUCGAAACAACCAAGACGGCGCCCCCCCAAAAUGGCUUCAUCAGCCGAGCUCUCUACUACCGCAGAUUCUACGUGAGGCGUUGAAGGACUUGUGGCCCAUUUUAAAAUGGAUAAAUUGAAAGUCGAAAUUAAAAGUCUUACUCUUUUACACACGGGACUCGUACUAAUCUGAUUAACCGAAUAGCCUUGAAACCGGUUGUGUACAAAUUGUCCCAGCUAUUUUCCAAAUUAUUUACGGUUGCAUUUGCCAUUGUGAACUUGCAAAUCAAUAAACAUUUGUACUUUUUUUUGUUACUAAA